CCCUCCAGGACUUUACUGAGAAACACAGUUGUGUAUGCUGAGGGGAACUGUUACUACAAACCCUUACAAUGCUAAAACAUUCAACCACGGAUUUUCUUGUUGCAACUGGGCACAGAAGCUUCACGGUGUGCAGAUUAUGCAGAAUCUUGGGUGCUUGGAUAUUAGAUUACCAUUGUUCCCUUUUUGAAAGCAGCAGGAAGAACAUGAGCUUGGUAACCACAAACAACAGUCAGUGUGAAAGCGAGAGGAUUCACUUCACAACUGUAGAGCUGCACACCGUGACUCUGGACAGCUCUCGGCUGCUGAUGGAGAUCUACACAGAAGCAGUGGACUAUCUGAAGGCCUAUGGCAUCUCGCCCGUGACUGAAGAUGAGACUAUGGAUUCUGACUUACUACAGGAUGUGUUCACUGAGGAGACAGAGUGGGUUUCUCACAGCCCUUUGCAAACUGAGCCAUGUUUGCCAUCCACUCCAACAACCGAGAGCCCAGACGACCUGCUUCAGAAGAGAACAGUGGUUCUGAAAGGGGUUCUGAUCAGUGAGGAGAUCUACCUUACAGAGCUUGAGACGCUUCUCACGCCUAUGAAAGCUCUGAAGGCAGCAGCGGGAACCUCUCAACCUGUGUUGUCCACGGAGCAGGUUCAGACUGUGUUUUAUCAAAUUCCUGAGCUCAGAGAUCUGCACAAAGACUUUUACACAAGCCUUCGGGCCAAACUGCAACCUGAUGAAGUGAUGGACCCGGGGUCACAACAAGGCCUGGAGAGGGAGGAGGCCCCGGUGAUGCAGCUUUGCCACAGGGAGCAACAUUUAUGUGUGGGAGACCUGUUUCAAAAGUUUGUCAACCAGUUAGGAGUGUAUCGGGGCUUCAUUGACAACUAUGAGAAUGCAGUGGAGAUCGUGCAGAAGUGUAUGCAAUCAGACCAGCGUUUCAGGACGCUUGCAGAGAGUAUGAUGUCCUCCAAAGGGUCAGACAAUGUCAAAACUAAGUACACCUUUGAAGCUCUCCUGUAUAAGCCAUUAGACAGAGUGAUGAAAACCACACUCGUGUUGCACGACUUGUGGAAGCACACGCCCCCCGAUCACCCCGACAGCAUCAUGCUGCAGGAAGCGCUUCGUCUCUCCAGCAGCUUCCUAUCUGGGGUCAAUGAACGGUCGCAAUGCAAACGUUCUGUCAAGCUCAGCAGAGGAGAGAGACGUCAGCUGAUGCGUGAUGGGUUUGUGGUAGAUGUGUGUGAGAACGGGCACAACCUGAGACACCUCUUCCUGUACACAGACAUGCUGCUAUGUGCCAGACUGACAAGUGCAGGGAGACAGGCACAGUACAGGUUUUGCUGGUACUUGCCGUUGGUUGGCCUGAAGCUGCACUGGGCAGCCGAACAUCUGCCCUCAUCAGAAUACCAAGUGAAAAUUAGUAAAACCAGAGCCAAAAUGUACCAGCUCAAACAAGCACUCCAGCAACACACGAAAGGAGGCAAGGUGUCAGUUUCUCGUGCUGUUGAUCGCUUGAGGCGCAAACUUGAAGAGUGUGAGAUCUGGCUCCUAACAAACACGCCAUCUUUUACUUUAGACCUACAUAGCACCAGUGGAAAGAGUCACACUAUCCGACUGUUUUCUUUGUAUGACCUGACUGAGUGGAGAGAAGCCAUUGAGAAACAGAGUGGAAACUGUAUCGAGACGGUUCCUCCAGACCUGUUGUCUGUUACCGGUUCCUGUAUCAAACUCAGAAUGACUCAACAACCUCCCCUUCACUGCGUUCAGUCCAAUGAAAGUGCUCAUAUAUGUGGGAAUUUAUAUGUGAUGGUUCAAUCGGCGUGUGGUCUGCAAAACCCGAGCAGUGCAUAUGUGUGUGUGGAGGUAGAUGGCUUUGAGUUUUAUGACAGACGAAAACAAACGUGCCUUUCGGCCUUCUGUGUUACACCACAAUGGGAUGAGGAGCUUGUGUUUCAAGUGGAGGGAGCUCAGCAGCUGUUCCUGGUAUUUGUGUCUCAGUAUGAGAACGGCACACAGGAUGACAUUGUGGGUAGGGCGGUGUUAAAUCUGGACACUGACAACAUGUUUAAGAAGUGGAAGAAAGUCACUUGUUCUUUGGGCCAAGUUGAUGUGACCUUGUCAAUCAAGUACAUGCCCCACCCUCUCGAUCCUCCUAGCACCACCCCUCUAGUACAGGAACCGGUGUUCUGUGUGCCGAUUGGACAAGUGGCAAUGCAAGAGAGCGUGCUGGUCCCUCACAUUGUCCGUUCCUGUGUGGAGGAGAUUGAGAGGAGGGGUCUGAAAGAAGAGGGGAUCUACAGAAUCUCAGGAGCCAGCACCGAGAUACAAGCACUAAAACAUGCAUUCAACACUAAUUACCGUGAGGCUGUGAGUAAACUGAGGACUAUAGAUGUGAAUGCUGUAUCAGGCACUCUGAAACUGUACUUUAGAGAACUUCCUUUACCUCUUAUUCCCUCUGAGCGAUUCAAGGAGCUUGCAGAUGCACUAGAAAUUGGCGAUCCAUAUCGCAGGGCCCACAGCAUGCUGACUCUGUUGCAGGAUCUACCAGAUGUAAACCGCAACACUCUCCUCUUCCUCUUACAUCACCUGAGACGUGUUGCAGAGAGGAAGGAAGAGAAUAAAAUGUCUCUGAGUAAUUUGGCCACAGUGUUUGGCCCCAGCCUCUUGCGCCCCCCAGUGGCUCGUGUCGACAUUUCUCAAGAAGUGGAGGUUCAGGUUCAGGUGAUUUUUCUCUAUCUGCAGAGUCAGAACCUUCCAGAAGCAAUUCUCACAAAACAUCUGGACAUUGAUGAUCUAGAGACAUGAGCCUUCAACAACCAGACUCCUUUUCUGUCUUCUUAUCCGUGGUCGUUUGUAAAUUUGUAAAGAAAAAAAAAAAAAUUCUGUUUAGCUCACUUUAUUUUAGAGAUGUUUAAUACUUUCAGAUUUUUAAUUUCAUUAAAAAAAUGACAUAACCACGAGUUGAUUAUGUUUUAGAGCUUCAGUUUUAAGGUGCUGUCACAUUUUUCUGCAAAAGUUUGCAUGCGAAAUUUAGUCAAUCCAAUUGAAAUUUGUGCAAACAGGAGUUUUACAUGGAGUUUUACCGCACCUUUACAGGUCAGAAUGUGGACACUUAAAAAGUAUAACUGACUAGUUACUAGUAGUGAGAGAGAACUAUAUAGAUAUAAUAAAAAAAAAAAUAAAACUAAUUAAACCAAAUAAAAUGAAUUUAAAAGAAAAAAAGCAUACAGUACAAUCAAAUUAAAUAAUAAAAUUACUAAAAUUUUAACAUUAAAAUGAAAACUGGAAAAAUAAAAACUAAUCUAAUGCAUUUAUUAAAACUAAUAGUAUUUUAAUUAUACUAAAUUAACACUGGCGAAAACCUGUUUCACACGGGGUCCUUUUCUGUCCCUUGAAACAGGACAGAAAAGUAUUUUCUUGUACGUAAAGAGCUCUACUGACUAGGACCUCAUUGAAACAGAGUCUCUGGGUGGGCCAAGAGGGCAAUAGGGGAGAAAGGUGAAGUGAGACACUUGUAAUAUCCUACCACAGAUGGCCAACUCUUUCACACACUCACACACACACACACGCACUUGUGGGGGUCACCAAUAACUCUGCCGCUCUCCCGCCCCCUCACCCCACCUCCAUGCAAAUCAAUCCGCUACGGUUCAGCUCCAACAAGACCAAGUUCACCAUGACAUGCACUAGCACUUCAAAGAGAUCCAUGCUUCCUAACCUCUCCCCCACCGUCGCUGGGUGUUGCUUUUCACCUCAGCUUAUGCCCCACCUGGCCGGGGUGGGAUUCACUCUCCUUCCCUCCGCCUGAUUUUGACUUUGAUCCAUAAUCCAAACUUGGAAAUGCGCUCCCGUUCCCAGCGUUCCAGGCAGGAAAAGUGCAGCAAUGUCAGAUGUGUGCCAUAACGCCAUCCAGACAUGCCCCGGUUACAACACAGCAUCAAAUGGGUUCUGAAAGAAGUCGGUGCUCCCACGCGAAAAUGGCCACCAAUAAAACAGGUUCCUGUGGUUAAGUGCUAGCGCAGAAGGGACGAUCAGAAAAGAUCUUGCCAUUAGAAUAAAAGAACUGAAUGAUGGAUUGAAUGGGAAAAGCACAAUGAAAGACAGACGUUAUUAAUAACGGCUGUAUCUCUGUAGCAGGUCAACCUGAAACUGAGAUUUGAGGGCAUAGUUUGAAAUGUACAUC